GGGCUGGGGGCGCGGGGGCCGGGUCGGCGGUGCCGGGGGCGCGGGGCCCGGCGGGCGGUGCUGCGGGGCAGCGGCGGGGAGCGCGCGGCUGUGCGGGCUGCAGAAGAGCCCUCCCCGGCGGUCCCGCCGCUCCGGGGUGCCCGGGGGCCCGGCCGCGGCCCAGCGCUGCCCUCCGCGGUCCGGAGCGACGCGCUCGGCCCUGCCCGGGUGGACACAACAAAGCUGCGAUGUGAGCGGAGGAGCCUGGGGAGCGCCUUUUGCGGUGCGCGCUCGGCUUCGUGUCAGACGUAUUUUUAACUACUCAUCGGGAGGCGGAAGGAUGGGACGUGGAUGCUGCCUUGGGUGAGACGUGCGACCUGGAUGUUCCAGGAUCAUGGAUUUUCCAGGACACUUUGAGCAAAUCUUUCAGCAGCUCAACUACCAGAGGCUUCAUGGCCAGCUUUGCGACUGCGUCAUCGUGGUGGGAAACAGGCAUUUCAAGGCCCACCGCUCUGUCUUGGCAGCGUGUAGCACACAUUUCCGAGCGCUGUUCACCGUAGCAGAAGGAGAUCAGACUAUGAACAUGAUUCAGCUGGACAGCGAGGUGGUGACAGCGGAAGCGUUCGCCGCUCUGAUAGACAUGAUGUAUACUUCCACACUGAUGCUCGGGGAGAGCAACGUCAUGGAUGUCCUGCUGGCUGCUUCCCACUUGCAUUUGAACUCCGUCGUUAAGGCGUGCAAACACUACCUUACCACCAGGACGCUGCCCAUGUCUCCACCGAGCGACAGAGUUCAGGAGCAAAACGCGCGCAUGCAGAGGUCGUUCAUGCUCCAGCAGCUCGGGCUGAGCAUCGUGAGCUCUGCCUUAAAUUCCACGCAGAGCACCGAGGAACAGCCGACCGCCCUGAGCUCCUCGAUGAGGAGCAGCAUGGAGCAGCGCGCUGCUUUCCCCAUCCGUCGUCUCCACAAGCGCAAACAGUCUUCCGAGGAUCGGGGCCGGCAGCGCAUCAGGCCUGCCAUGGACGAGUCUGUGUCCGACGUGGCUGCGGAGAGCGGGCAGGCAGUGGUUCAUUCACGGGAAGAUUUCUUCUCCCCAGACUCGCUGAAGAUUGUGGACAGCUCUAAGGCUGAUGCGGUUGCUGACAACCCGGAGGACAAUACUAUUAUGUUUGAUCAGUCUUUCGGUGCUCAGGAAGAUGCUCAAGUGCCCAGCCAGUCUGACAACAGCGCAGGAAACAUUUCACAGAUGUCCAUGGCGUCCCAGGCAACGCAGGUGGAAACCAGCUUUGACCAGGAGCCUGCUUCUGAGAAGAACAGCUUCCCCUGCGAGAAUCCAGAGGUCGGCCUGAACGAGAAGGAGCACAUGCGGGUGGUGGUGAAGUCCGAGCCGCUGAGCUCGCCCGAGCCUCAGGACGAGGUGAGCGAUGUCACUUCCCAAGCAGAGGGCAGCGAGUCUGUUGAAGUGGAAGGAGGAGUAGUGAGCGCGGAGAAGAUAGAACUGAGUCCCGAGAGCAGUGAUCGCAGCUUUUCUGACCCACAGUCCAGUACCGACAGGGUGGGAGACAUCCAUAUUGUGGAGGUGUCAAAUAACCUGGAACACAAGUCUACGUUCAGUAUCUCAAAUUUUCUGAAUAAAAGCAGAGGUGGUGGCUUUGGUGCUGGUCAGAACAGCGAUGACAACAUUCCCAAUACCACCAGUGACUGCAGAAUGGACAGCGACGCCUCUUACCUGAUGAGUCCGGAGUCGGGGCCUGCUGGUGGCCAUUCGUCUGCCACCGUCUCUCAUGUCGAGAACCCGUUUAGUGAGCCUGCAGACUCUCACUUUGUUAGGCCAAUGCAGGAUGUGAUGGGUCUCCCCUGCGUACAGACUUCUGGGUACCGGGCUGUGGAACAGUUUGGCAUGGAUUUUCCACGGUCGGGCUUGGGCUUGCACUCCCUGUCACGGGCAAUGAUGGGCUCAGUCAGAGGCGGAGCCAGCAGCUUUCCUGGGUACCGCCGCAUCGCCCCCAAAAUGCCGGUGGUGACCUCGGUCAGGAGCUCCCAGCUGCAGGAGAGCUCCUCCAGCUCCCAGCUCAUCAUGAACGGCACCGCGUCUUUCGAAAGCGGGCACCCGUCGCAGCCCGGCCCGCCGCAGCUGACCAGGGCGUCCGCCGAUGUCCUCUCCAAGUGCAAGAAGGCCUUAUCGGAGCACAACGUCUUGGUCGUGGAAGGCGCGCGCAAGUACGCGUGCAAGAUCUGCUGCAAGACGUUCCUGACCCUGACGGACUGCAAGAAGCACAUCCGCGUGCACACCGGAGAAAAGCCUUACGCCUGCCUCAAGUGCGGCAAGCGGUUCAGCCAGUCCAGCCACCUCUACAAGCACUCCAAGACCACCUGCCUGCGGUGGCAGAGCAGCAACCUGCCCAGCGCGCUGCUGUGAGCCGCGGCGCCCGCGGCACGGCGUCCGCUCCCGAGGCACCGCGGGGCGCGGGCGCUGCGUCCGCCACUGGCCGCUGCGUCCGCGCUUCCCGCCGGGCCGCGAACUCUCGGGUGUGAUGGUGCCGCAGCGCACAAGUCUGGUUUCUGUCGAUUGGGGAUAUUUCUGUACUACCUCGCAGGGCUGUUGUGAGGCUGGCGCAGCUGCCGGCGCGGAGCUCGGGCCGGGCGGCAUGCAGUCCCGGCGCCGGCGGCUCCUUCGCAGGGCACAGGGGUAGUUAUCUCACAAAGUAGCACGUUUUGAGAAUCAGAAGCUGAAGUGCAAAUUUCCUCUUUUUUGUUUUUUUUCUGAAGUAUUUUGUAAAAGUGAAAGCAUUUAAAUAAAUGGCCUGUAAAACCAGUAGCUGCAUUAUGUGUGGACAGUAGUGCAAGAGCUGUUUACUGUGACUAACGCAGACUGCAUAUCUUUAAAAAACAACUUUGUUUGCACCUGUCUGACAUAAUGCUCUAAAAUAUGCUAAUAUUAAAAAUAGUUCUAGGGUUAUGAAUGUAUGUUUGGCUGUUUUGUAGUAAAGGACACUGUGUAAUGAAGGUGCUUAAAUCCAAGACAAGUAACUUUUGGACUGCCAGAUGUAUAUAUACUUUGAAUACAGCAAGAUCUGGAUGUUGGAUUUUUUUCUGUAGAAACUUGUAUUAAGUGAUAAGUGAAGUACUGUUUCUUGUUCGUGCUAUUCUUAGCAGUAUUUUAACCAGUUUGCAUCUCCUGUGUUAAAAUUCCAUAUACACCGAAGUCUGAAAAGAGCUUGUCUUUGUCUGCUUUGUUAUUUUGAAGGAGAGAGAUAGUUUGUGAUGGCUUUUUUACUGUAUAUCUCGCUGUUUCCAGACGCUGAUAGUCAAUCUGAUUCCCAUUGUUGCAUACGCGUAUUGUCCUUUUCUGACACUCUUAUCCUCGGGCUUUAAUUUCCUCCUCUGUGCUCGCACUCGCUUUCCUUCGCAGCCGCGGGUUGUUCCUCAGAUCGAACCAGUCCGCAGUCAUCCUCAUUUGCCAUAUUUAUUUAUGUCUCUCUGUGAGAUGUAGUCGUCCCAUCCAGUCCUUCCACUUAAAGUAGUGUCAUAAAUACACUUUUCCACAUAAAUUUAGAAAACCUAGCAUAAAUUUAAUUUGAAAAAAAAUAGCACCGUACCCUUAGUGAAGCAGAAGUUCAGUGAUCGUUAUUCUCCAAGCGGAUCGUGUACAUCUUGUUUUAAUUUCCUCCUCUUUGAUGCCGUUGUAAGUAGCACCGUCUGCAGCCUCGUUGUGAAGGGUGCAGCCGGGCUCACGGCCGGCGCUCGGCACACCGCGCUUCUGAGCAGUCCCGGAGCGCUUGUGCUGCAGGUGCUGCCGUCGCGCUUCCCCCGUCCGAGUCACACAGCAACAGCCUUCUGCUCACGUAAAAACAAACUUGGCAAGCCUUCCCCUCCGUAUUCUGUUCUGUGUAGCACGUGUAUCCUGUGCGAUGAUAUUUGGCAGUUCUGUGGAGUUUGUGCUGCCUGAUAGUUGAGCAUCUUCUGUUCGGAUAAACGGAAAAUCCCGAUCCACGUAGCAGGAGGAACUAUUGAAAGAGUCGAAGCACAGGAACCCAGCAGUCACUGUCACACUGAAGGAAACACGGAAACCUUUCUGUACGCGGCUUCACGUGAAACAGUCGUCCACUAAUGAAGAAUCGUGUCUUCAUCUCUAAUUACGCUGCUCCACAUCGAAAAUGCCAAAUGUCUGUCAACGUGUUGAUGGCACCUUGAGUGUCCAAGGGGAUCAGGAACACGGAAACGUCGCGAACGGUUGGAUCGAUUCCUUUCAAGUGCUGAGGUUUUGCUAUAGAAUUUAUUUAAUGGUUGUAUUCUGGCUCUUGAUUUUAUAAGCAUUAAGGAAAUGUGCUGCAUUUUUGUAAAGCGUUAGGAUAUGCCACGUUUUGUUUGGUAAUAAUUUUGAUAUCGGGACUAACAGCAUUGAGCUACACUAAACAAUCUCACUGAAACAUCAAUAAAAUGCAGUAUUUUGUACUUUGA